AGCAGUGGAACUGAAGGACGUCAUGGGCCGUUAUACGACGGACGCGGUUUACUCCAUCUUCUUGGGGGUCGACGCUAAUUCUCUCGAGAACCCAAAGUCUCCACUGCAAGAGCACGUGUGGGGAAUCUUGAGAGAUACCGUCGUUGGAAGGAUCGUCACCACGCUGGCGUUCUUCGCUCCACAGAUCCUGUCCACACUCCGCAUCCGACUUGGCAGCAAGAAAGUAGAGGACUUCUUUGUACAAAACACAGUUAAGCUGAUAGAACACCGGAAGGAAACUGGCAUUGUUCGGAACGACGUAAUUGACAUGCUCACGAAAAUUAAGGAAGAACAGGCAGACGGCGAUAAGGAACAACUCAAGCUGACGAACGAGCUCAUCGCAGGCCAGCUGAUGUCAUUCUUGGCUGCUGGCUUCGACAACUCGUCUUCGACGCUGGCCUUCGCCCUGUUCGAGCUGGCGUGGAACCAGAGUCUGCAGGAGGAGGUGCGCCAGCACGUGCGCCACAUGCUGGGAAAACACGGCGGCGACAUCACGUACGAGGCUGUCAGCGAGAUGUCUGACCUCACCAACGUCGUUAGUGAGACGCAGCGGAAGUACCCCACAGUGAAUUUCCUGAACCGCGAGGCGUCUCGCGACUACAGGAUAGAAGGGACGGACAUCGUGCUGCCCAAGGGCACCGCGGUCUUCGUGUCGGUGGCCGGUCUCCACUCCGACCCAAAGUACUGGAGGGAGCCGCUCAGGUUCUGGCCGGACCGCUUCAGAGAGGAGAACUCCAGGGACCGACCGAGCCACACGUUCAUGCCGUUCGGCGAGGGCCCCGGGACGUGCCUCGGUAUGAGACUCGCGUACAUGCAAGUGAAAGUGGCUCUCGUGCACAUUCUCAACAGCUUCGAAGUGCACCCUGUGCCUUCCACACCUACCAGUUUGAGUUAUAAUCCAUCCAGGUUUGUCGGAACUCCAGCUGUAAAUGUGUCCCUACUCUUCAAGAAACCCACCUCUUUGUAACGGAUAGCUGCCUGCAGGAUUCAGGCUGCGACGUCAUUGGCCUGGAAUCUCAAUGCUUUUAUCAUAUAGGCAGAGCGAUCACAGUAUUUCUAUGUUGAACCAAACAGUAU